CUCCAAAGAGUGCGGGCACUUGGCUUCAAUGCCAUUCAAUACUACAUUCCAUGGAAUUUUCAUGAAGUCUACGAGGGAAAAUACAAUUUUUCCGGAAUGCGUAAUUUCACUGAGUUCUCACGCAUCGCCUAUGAACUUGGAAUGUACUCAUUGGUUAGAAUAGGUCCAUACGUAUGCGGUGAAUGGGAAAACGGCGGAUUACCAUGGUGGCUGCUGACUAAAAACAUAACAGACAUGAGGACGAGCGAGAGCGAGUUCAAAAAAGCUGUUGAAAAAUGGAAUUCCGUUCUUCUUCCGCUGAUCAAGCCUAUGAUGCGGCACAACGGUGGUCCCAGUUCUGAUGCUCCAAGUAGAGAACGAGUACGAGACUACACACAAUGGCUACGAGAUCGGGUAUGGUACUAUGUGGGAAAGGAGUCUGUGAUUUAUACUACUGAUGGUAAUUCUUUAUCGCUUUUGAAAUGCGGGUCAGUUCCGUACACCCUCACAACAGUCGAUUUCGGUCCUACAUCGAACGAGAACGUUAACAAGUCGUUCAUGCUGCAGAAAAAGUUUCUUCCGAAUGGUCAUGGUCCUUUGGUUAAUUCGGAGUUCUAUCCGGGAUGGUUGGUUCUGUGGGGCCAAAAAGAAGCUAGUUUACCGUCUGUAGACGACAUUGUAAAAUCAGCGAAAUAUAUGUAUAGUUUGGGAGCGAAUAUCAAUUUCUAUAUGAUUCAUGGUGGAACAAAUUUUGGAUUCUGGAGCGGAGCAGAAACGAAGGCUCCGUGUAUCACCUCGUACGACUACUUCGCCCCGAUCUCGGAAGCCGGGGAUGUAACGCCUAAAUAUUUGGCUAUACCAUUCCCUGACUGGAAGACACCGCCUCUUGACGUGCCUUCGAAUAAUCCAAAGAAGGCGUUCGGAGUAGUGAAGAUGGAGCCCGUAGAUGACCUCUCUCGACUACCUGAUGAGCAAAAUUGCAUCACUAGCGCGUCGCCGAUGUCUUUCGAGAAGAUCGGCCAACCUUUUGGA